ACGAGGCUAGCUUCAUGACGCGAUUUGGGCUCUGAGCAUACUUGAACAUCAUCAGUCCCACGCCGACUUACACUCAUCCUUUGCGUGGCACGUAUUGAUCUGCUCAUACAAACGGGAUGAAAGUCUUACAAUUCUUACCCGCGCUUCCGUUGGUUGCUGCUCUGGGUAGCAGACAACACAAGCGCGAUGCGAUCUUGAGUCUUGAAAAGCGCGAUGUCAAUCCCGAGCGACUCUAUACUGAAUAUAACAUCUCAGUCCCUGUUGAUCAUUUUUUCAAUUCUUCCCGUUAUGAGCCUCACAGCAACGUCAGCUUUGACCUGAGAUAUUGGUUCGAUGCAUCGCACUAUCAGCCUGGUGGACCUGUUAUUGUACUUCAGUCCGGUGAAACCGAUGCUUCAGGACGACUUCCCUUCCUGCAGAAGGGUAUUCUAGCACAGCUUGCUCAGGCAACCCACGGUAUUGGAGUUGUACUUGAGCAUAGAUACUAUGGCACCUCUUUCCCGACUCCCGAUCUCUCGACUGAGAACCUCCGAUUCUUGACUACCGAACAAGCACUUGCCGAUGAGGCAUACUUUGCAAGAAACAUCGUCUUCCCUGGUCUUGAACACUUGGAUCUCACAAGUGCGUCAGCCGCAUACCUCGGUUAUGGUGGUUCCUAUGCAGGUGCCUUCAACGCGUUCCUGAGAGUGCUCUACCCCGAUGUCUUCUGGGGGACCAUCUCCAGCAGUGGUGUGACCAAGGCCAUUUACGAUUACUACGACUACUUCACCCCCAUUGCUGAGAAUGCCCCUCCAAAGUGUAUUUCUACACAGAAGAGCCUCAUCAACAUUGUGGAUACCAUUCUCAAGAAGAACCAAACUGAUCUCACUCUUCAACUCAAGACUGCGUUUGGAAUGGAGAAUGUGACCUACGACAAGGACUUUGCAAGCACUCUAUCCAGCGGUAUUGAGGGCUGGCAGGGCCGAAACUGGGACCCUAAGGUCAGCAGCCCUGCCUUCGACAGAUACUGCAGCAACAUCUCGUCCGAUGCAAUGGUCUACCCCAGCACAUCCUCGCUGCGUCCUACAGUCGAGUUACUGAUCAAGAAUGCCGAUUACACUGUCGAUGAGUCUCUGGUCAAUCAUAUGCUCAACUUUAUUGGUUAUGUGAAUUUCACCUCUGUGGCACCCUGCACCAGAAGUGGCUCCACUCAAGACGAGUGCUUCAGUAGUUAUAACGCGACAUACUACCAACAAGAUAGUCUGGGAUCGUACGUCUGGCGCUCUUGGGCUUAUCAAUACUGCUCUGAAUGGGGCUAUCUGCAGACUGGAUAUGCGCCCAAAGGCGAACUGCCGAUUGUUUCUUCUCUGCUUGAUGUGGAGUAUGAGAGCAUUGUUUGCGUCAAAGCAUUCAACAUCACCACUCCAGCCGAUGUUGAGUUGAUCAACAAGUACGGCGGUUAUGACAUCUCCUACCCUCGUCUCGCAUUCGUCGACGGGUCUGCUGACCCCUGGCGCCCUGCUACACCUCACGGCUACGCUCAAGGUGCCAAGGAGCGCAACUCUACAGCCAGCGAACCUUUCAUUCUUAUUGAUGGUGCUGUUCAUCAUUGGGAUGAGAAUGGACUGUUCGCCAACGAGACCACUCCUUCUCUUCCACCAUCGACCGUCGCCGAUACUCAGAGACAAGAGAUUCAGUUUGUACAGGAGUGGAUGUUGGAGUGGCAGCUGGAGCAGCAGGUCAAGGCAGCCUACCGUAAGCCAUCAACCCAGGGACCCCUAUAGACCGCUUCUGUCUCAAAGCGAGGCAGCAUCGGUGCGACUGCAAAAGCGAGUUGCUUCAUGUGAAUAUCAUUUUGUGGUUGAGAUCGUGUUCAAAUACGCCCAAGAAGUUCCUGAUGCACGAUUGGAAAGCGCAUGUGCCUGUAUUUCGCCGGGCAGGAACGCAUGAACGAGGUUACCUAUCGGGACAUUGGGUUCCGAUCGGAUGGCGG